AUGGUUAGUGCAGAACUUCUACAUAAAAUUGAUAAUCGUCUAAAACAAAUAACAGGCAAAAACACAGAUUUCGGAAGUAUAGAUGUUAUUUUGAUCGGAGAUUUACGGCAAUUGCCACCAGUAAGAUCGACACCAAUUUACAAGACAAUCAGAACGAGCAUGAUUGGACCGCAUUUAUGGAGAAAAUUAAAAUUUUAUCAACACACUACAGUAAUGAGACAAGCUAAUGUUGCAUUUUCACAAGUUUUGACAAAAAUAGGUAAUGUAGAUGUACUAGAUGAGCAUGAGUUUCAACUUAUUGAAUCGAGAUUUUUCAAAAAAGAGUAUGUUGCUGCAUUAUGUCCUGAUAUAGUUCGUUUAUUUUUUAAAAAUGAAGAAGUUGCCGCCUAUAACAAUUUGAUUUUGAGCCAAUGUGAAAACAAAGUUCUUUCAACGUCCGUAGACGUCAUUAUUGGCGCUAAAAGUGCUGAGCAAGAAGCUAACUUUAGACUUAAAUUACAUAAAAAAUCUGUUAUUGACACUGGAAGACUGCCUUAUCACAUUACUUUUGUCGUUGGAAAGCAUUAUGUUAUUACAACUAACAUCGACGUUACUGAUGGUUUGUGCAAUGGUGCUGUUGGGAAAUUGGUACAUCUAGAAUUUGAUGAAAGUAACACAUUAAUAAGAGUUUGGCUGGAAUUUUGUGGUUCAGAUAAAGUGGGUAGGAAAAAAAGGCAAAAAGCAGCCGCUCUAGCAGUGCAAAACAGAGUUGGCAAUCUCGCUGUUCCCAUUGAAUUACGAACAGCAAAUAUUUCAUUAACAUCGGAUAGAAAAUGUAUAGCCAAACGCAAACAUUUUCCAUUAACUUCAGCUCUUGCUCUAACUAUACAUAAGUCGCAAGGUGGAACUUUUGACGAAAUAGUAUAUGAGUAUAGUAAAGCACAUUCUCAGGAACUCGUUUAUGUUGCGCUCUCGGGUGACUAA